GGGCGGGCCCGAGCGAGAGGGGAGGAGAGUCUUCGGAGGGAGGGGCCGCGGCGCAUGCGCGCAACCCGCUGGCCGCUCAGUCGGUGAAGAGCCGGAAACUUGGGAGACAAAGUUAGGAUCGGCACCGCCUCCUUCUCCCGCCCGCCCGUCCCGGUUCUCGCGCCAUGUCGGGCUCCUCCAACGUGGCCGCCAUGAAGAAGGUGGUGCAGCAGCUGCGGCUGGAGGCCGGCCUCCACCGGGUGAAGGUUUCUCAGGCGGCCGCAGAUCUGAAGCAGUUCUGUCUGCAGAAUGCACAGCACGAUCCCCUGUUGACCGGCGUAUCCUCAAGCACAAACCCUUUUAGACCCCAGAAAGUCUGUUCGUUUUUGUAAUGAGGGGAAUUUCCAGGUUUUCAAUGAUUUUCUCAACUCGUACGAGGAGACGGAUGAUGCCAUUCAGACCAGGGACGUGAUUCUUCCGCCUGUACAAAAGCUUAGCCUUAACCUGUGCCAAGUUAACUGUAUAAAUUUCUACUUUUGUCAAACUAACAUCUACCUCUCACUUCAUUAAUUUCUCUUAUGAGGGCAGUAUAAUCAAUUUUAUACAUUUACAGAGCAACGGCAAUAAAAUGGUUGGAUAAUGA